CGUAUUGUCGACUCCAUACUUCGUAGUCAAGUCUUGGCGGAAUCACUUUCAGGUCCGCCAGUGCAAGAUAGAAACACCACCCACAUACACGAUACAUACGCAACGCAUUACAAGCGCAAUAAUCCUUAAACACGAAUUCCCAGACCCUAACCCUCAAUUUUUAUUCCGAUUCCAACGAGAUCCGAGGGACCAUUGCAGAGCCCUAAAAUUAAAAUUCCCUUUCGGAGAGAUCCAAAUCUCUUCAUGGCGCAUCGAAGAGUCAAUCUCUUGUUCCUUCUGUGCGCUCUCUGCUAUUCUCUUAGUGCCAUUGCUGGGAAGAGCUAUUACGAUAUACUUCAAGUGUCGAAGGGUGCAUCGGACGAUCAGAUAAAGAGAGCGUAUCGGAAGCUAGCCUUGAAGUAUCAUCCUGAUAAGAACCCGGGCAAUGAAGAAGCUAACAGGAAAUUUGCUGAGAUUAACAAUGCGUAUGAAGUGUUGUCGGAUAGGGAGAAAAGGGGUAUUUAUGACAGGUACGGUGAGGAGGGCUUGAAGCAGCAUGCUGCUGGUGGAGGUGGAGGUGGUGGAAUGAAUUUCCAGGAUAUUUUUAGCACUUUCUUUGGUGGAGGAUCGAUGGAAGAAGAAGAGAAAAUUGUAAAAGGAGAUGACGUGGUUGUUGAAUUGGAUGCAACACUUGAAGAUUUGUACAUGGGGGGUACCUUGAAGGUUUGGAGGGAAAAGAAUGUACUAAAGUCAGCACCUGGGAAAAGACGCUGUAACUGUAGAAAUGAGGUUUAUCACAAGCAAAUUGGGCCUGGGAUGUUUCAACAAAUGACAGAGCAGGUUUGUGAGCAAUGUCCUAAUGUCAAAUACGUAAGGGAGGGGUAUUUCGUCACAGUUGAUAUUGAGAAAGGCAUGCAAGAUGGACAGGAGGUGCUGUUUUAUGAGGAUGGUGAGCCAAUAAUUGAUGGAGAAUCUGGAGAUUUAAGGUUUCGUAUCCGUACUGCACCACAUGAUCUCUUUAGAAGAGAAGGCAAUGACUUGCACACUACUGUCACUAUAACUCUGGUUCAAGCCCUUGUUGGUUUUGAGAAGACCAUUACGCACCUAGAUGAGCAUCUAGUGAACAUAGGCACAAAGGAAAUCACAAAACCAAAGCAGGUGAGGAAGUUCAAAGGGGAGGGUAUGCCAUUGCAUAUGAACAACAAAAAGGGAGAUCUUUACGUCACUUUUGAGGUUCUAUUCCCCACGUCAUUAACGGAGGAUCAGAAAACAAAGAUAAAAGCAAUUCUUGGCUAGAGUACAAACAAGAUACGUAUUAUUUCGUCCAUCAUGUCCUGAAUGUGACAUGGUUAGGUGGUUAUAGUAAACGCAUACUAGGGCUUUCCUUCCAUGGCCUUUUUUUGUUAGUUGUCAAAUAGAACCUUUUCCCCUUCGUAAUGAUGCGCAUUCUGUAACCCUUGCCGCCCGGUAGAUUCAAUUGCUUUCUUGGCGGUGCUAUUUUGAUACAAGGCGUAACACUAGCUGAAAAAAAUAUGCUUCCAUUGUUUUGUACCGUGCUGAAUUCGUUCAUCUUGUGAACUAGAUUAGAUUGCUCUAGAACUUUCGGCUUACUAAAAUUGAUACAUUUGUAGCUGCGAAACUAGAUUAGAAUGCAGAUGAUGGAUAAUAACCAUUGUGUGAUACGUUUGUACUUGUCCUUAAUUCUCAACGGUUAUUAAACUUUCAUCUCAACAAGGUUGGUAAUCUCAUUUAUUUGUU